UUUAACUAAACUUAGCGACAUAAUUAGGGACACAAUUAGCAGCAACACCCAACCACAUCGAAAAAUUUAUUUACGGUACUUGAAAUUUGUACAAAAAAAAAGUCUUUGUAAAUAAUUGUUUGAACCGAAUUGUGACGUCAACAUCGUGGUACAUACCACUGUCUUUGGCGUACCAGCAAGCCCCUGAUAUUUAGAUAAUGAACCUGAUACCACUGUAGAGACCACGGGUGUGGGUGUCAGACCGCUUUGGUGAACUUGCUUCUGUCAACAUCAAGUAUCACUGUGCAAACAUUUGGCUAAUCAACAACACUGAUGUGACCUGUGGGGGCUGUAGGUGGUCUGGCAGCAGGAUCUCAAAUGUAAAACUAACUCUUUUGGCCUGGAAAAUGCUGUAAGUGUUGUCAAAUCUCAGCACAUCUGUGGAGGAAAACAGACACGGUGUUUAUAGAUGGGGCUAAACUCAACCCAGGGCCAAGGACAAAAGAUUAACAAGUUUAAAAGAGUGGUUUACUCAAAGACUCCAGGCUGGUCACAGGUCAGUGAGCCGUCCUCUGGAAGUGGGCAUUGUAGCGCUGGCUGGGAUUCACUACAGGAAGGAGUGGCUCAAAUAUGAAGAAUCCUGUUGACAUUUCUGUGUGUGUGUGUAUUGUAGAUGGAUACCGAGGCAGCUAACAUCCUAAAUGAGCUGCAAGUGAGGAUCAGCACCGUCUUGGACAACUUUAGCACAAUGUUUGCAAAGAACACGCUCCAGCUUUGUAUGCAGGGAAAUAUAUCGGGAACAUCCUCCACCCCUCCCCCAAACACGACACAGCAGAGGCUGACGCUGAUGCUAUGCUGAGGCCGCUCAUGGAGUUCCUGGAUGGAAACCUCAGUAUUUUUGCUGACAUCUGUGAGAAGACGGUGUUGAAGAGGAUUCUCAAGGAUCUGUGGAAAAUCGUUCUGAGCAGCCUGGAGAAGACCAUUGUCCUGCCACAAAGCAACGAGAGCCUGGGAGCCCAACUCCUCUCAGCAGCCAAAGGACUCUCAAAUAUAAAGGUGACAAACACGGGCUGUUCAUUGGAGGGAGGAGGUGAAGCCAAAACUAUGAGACCCAAGCAGUGCAUCAUCAUCGAUGCAGGACUGGAGACCAUCAAGGUAGGUGGACACCUGUGUACACACGUAUGAAUUAUUUUAUUUUAUAUUAUAAAUUGUUCCAAACCGUAGCUUUAACGAUGACUGACGUUCGCGUUCUUGUCGUCUCCAGUCAUUUCGGUUAAUGACAUGAAGUGGCAGACCUCCGGCAUGUUC